CCCUCCCAGGACUCAGUCGUCUCUUUUUAUUCUAGAGUUUCAUCGUCUUCGUCUUCGCGUAAAACCCUAAACCCUUCGAAACCCUUUUGCUGAGUUAUAAGAGAAAACCUCCUACUCGGUUAAGAAUCCCAUCGCCCUUUUCAGAAUGUGUGGAGGUGCCAUCAUCUCUGAUUUCAUCAUCCGCAACCGCGGCCGAGAUGUCUCCGCCGCCGACAUCUGGCCGAAUUCCUCCUCUGCUAAGAUAGUCGGCGGCGAGUUCGAGUUCGAGUCCGAUCCGAGUCAACUCGGACGCGGUGGCUCCUUCUCCCUCAAGAGGAAUCGACCGGUCUCAGGUGAAGGAGAGGAGGCGGCGGGGAGACCAAAGAGGCAGAGGAAGAAUUUGUACAGAGGGAUAAGGCAGAGGCCAUGGGGGAAAUGGGCCGCAGAGAUUCGAGACCCGAGAAAAGGUGUGCGUGUUUGGCUCGGAACCUUCAACACCGCCGAAGAAGCUGCUCGAGCCUACGACCGGGAAGCCAUUAAAAUCCGUGGAAAGAAGGCCAAAGUCAAUUUCCCCAACGAAGACAUCCAUUUCUCUCUCCCCGCCACCAUGAACCGCCGGAAAAACGACCCUCCUUGUCAUCUGAAUCCAUCCCCAAACCCGCACCUUACCCCUCCAUUUGCCGAUUUGAGUAACACCAGUUUCGGGUUCGGUAACGGUCUGAACCCCUUCCCUAUCCCCGACGGAUCCAACCCGAUCCAGAAUCUUGGCGCGGUGCGUUCUGAUUCUGUCGCGGAGGAGAAUUCUGGGUCGAGUUCGGUAUUGGAGCCUGCGAACUCGUAUUCACCGACGGCGAUCAAUGGCGUCGAGACGAAGGCUAAAGAGGAGGAAAACGAAGUGCAGAGGUUGUCGGAGGAGCUGAUGGCGUUCGAGGACUACAUGAAAUUCUAUCAGAUUCCGUACCUUGAUGGCCAAUCAUCGAUGGCCACGUACGCCGCCACGCAAGUGAGUGUGGUCGGAAAUCUCUGGAACUUCGAGGAAGCCGCCGCCGUGGCCGCGUCCCCCGUCGAUUCGGGCUCCGCUUAAUUGUGGCUUUUCAUUUGAUUUGGUUACAUUUCUUUUUCAAGUUAUUAAAUAUUGCAUUUUGGGCGUGUAAAUUUUGUCCAUCGGUCAUGUAAUUGUUAUUAAUAUUUAAUUAAAAAAAGAUACAAAU